AUGUCCUAUCAACAAAAUGGAUCGCAGGUGUUCGAGGAAUCUGAUGCUCGCAGCGCAGGAAAAUGGCGAGGAGAGGCUGGCCUCUUGUCGACCCCUCCGAACGGAUAUUUUCCACAACAGAACGUCGGUACUGUCAAAUUCGAAGUUCCAAAAGUGCCUGUCAUAUUUGUACUUGGUGGACCAGGUAGCGGAAAGGUGACACAUUGUGAUAAUUUGAUGCAAGAGAAAAAGGGCAUAACGCAUAUCAACAUGAUGGAUCUUCUGCAACAGUAUGCUUUAGGAAAUGAUAUGCAAGAUUUUGGACAACUUAGCAGUAAAACUGUGGCAGAAGUUCUUAUGCUCGAAAUCAAAAUGUCUCCAGGUUCCAAAGUCUUUCUUGUUAGUGGUUAUCCACGUAAUAUGCGCGAUGUAGUCGAAUAUGCCGAAAAAAUCAAAAUAGUAAAUGGUGUGAUUCUCGUGUCCUGGAGGCAAGAGAUACUCGAAAGACAGAUCGAUUUUGGAGCACAGCUUGGACAGGUGGUGAUCGAGCUGGCGAGGAUGGAGCUUUAUAAUUUUUAUAGGAACGUUAUGCCCGUGGCAGAAUAUUUCGACCAAAGUGGAAUGCUAAUAGAGGUUAACGGGGAAAGAAAUCCAAGUGAAGUUUACAUCGAUUUUCGUGAGGCUGUUUUCAAAAUUCUUGGCUUGUCGAGCGGUGAUGCGCAAGGAAAGAAUGUUCCUCAAGCAUUAGAAGCAGAAGUGGAAGUCGAAAGGAGAAAAGAAUCUAUUCCAAAAUCACCGUCUCCUACGAAGGAAGUGAAGGGGACGUCGCAAAUUCCUGUCACAGUGAAUGUGAAGCCCAUGAAAACCGCAAAUAAACAUAGAAAAGGAUUACCUGUGUUUAUCUGGGUUAUAGGUGGCCCAGGAAGCAACAAAGAAAAUCUGUGUGCUCAGGCUAUCCACAACAUGCCAGGUUGGGUUCAAGUUAGUAUCGGUGGAGUGCUCAGAACAAUGGCAUCGUUAAAUACCAUCGUCAAGGAAGCUAUUGUCUCUGGAGAGAUGGUCCCACAAGACAUCGUGAUGCAAGUAGUGGAACAACAGAUCAUGCUAAAUCGCGACACGGAUGGCGUAAUAAUAGAUGGAUAUCCAAGGGAUUUAAAUCAAGUGCAAGAAUUUGAAAAUAAGUUCGGUCAGCAGCCACCAUUAGUGCUACUAGAUUGCUCGAAAUUACAACUUGGUAGAGGACGACUAGACGAUAAUGUCUCUGCAUUUAGGAAGAGGCUAGAACUCUUUCGCGAAGUAUCUCUGCCUAUGUUAAAAGCACUGGACAACGAAAAUCGCUUAACCAUUAUUGAUGGCGACACCGACGUACCAAGCGUGCAACAAGAAUUCGCUGCUGCACUCUAUCAAUUAAUGACGCAAACACGUCGGAAGGAAGAGAAUAAUCCGCAUGGUCCUGAACCACAAAUAAUGCAGGAAAAUGGAAAUAACAUGAAGUCAAAUUCAGUAGUUCCUAACAACAGGGAUCAAUCGAUAAUAACCAAUGGUAUUUCUAAGCAGAUAAUUGAUGGUAAAUUGAACGUAGACAAAGCGAUUAAUUCCACAAAGACUAUGAAUGGAAUAAGCAUACACGGGGCAGCACGAAUAGCAAAUGGUUUAAAGAACAAUGCGAAACAGAUUCAAAAGAAUGGUGCUGCUCGAAUACAAAACGGUAUCGCAAAUGGGGCCACACACAUGCUGCAAAACGGUGUAGCACAUCUGGCUAAUGGAAUUGUGUCGAAUAAUAAGGUUGCACCGGCUGUUCAAAACUAUUUGCCGAACAAUACGAAGGAUGCUGUGAGAAAGAUGUAUAACGAGGUCGAAGGUUACCAACAGAACUUACACAUGUAGUUAAACACACGUGUAAAGAUCGUCGUUCAAAUGAAAGAAAUCGAAAACAAGAAAAAUAUUUUUAAUAUCGUCCUAUCUUUUUAUAAACUUAAUCGAUCACGUUAAUGUUUACGAAAUUAAACGGA